AUGAGUCAAUCAAAUAUAGGAUUACAUCCAACACUACCUAUUGAAGAUCCCUCAAUAGCUAUUAAAAAGGAAUUGACAGAGGAGGGAGAAGCGAUUGUUUCAGAGUUGGGUAAAGCAAUUAGAUCUUUGAUCAAACAUUCAAAUGUACAUGAUAAUUUAAUGACAAUAUCAAAGACAUUCUCUGCACAUGAACUAAAUGUUACACAAACUGAUGAUAUGAUACAUCAAAUGAGUUCACUAUCGAAAGAAUUAAGUUCACAAAUCAACUUGUUGAGAGGUUCAUUUCAAGCGUUGGAUGGAAUCAAUAACAGUGUCACUGAAAUCAACCAAAAUGCAUUAUCAUUUACUAAAAAGACACCCAUGUCUAGUGCUGUAGCUAUAGUUGUAAUAGUUGAUAAAAAGAGUAAGUUUGGCUAUCACCUGAUCAGUAGUGAUGGCCAUGGCUUGGGUGGUUCUCUAGAGUUGCAAAAAAGAUAA